AUGCCUUCAAAUGCCAACAAUCGCCCUCUCAAGAAUAUAGGACGACACCCAAAACCUGUUACUCCUCUCCAAGCUGCUUUCUUAGCUCAGAAAAAAAAAGAUCAGCGUCAGACAAGGCAGUCGCAAUCUCAGUUCAACAUACGCAAAGAACCAUUGGCCUCAAAUGUGAAUGUGACACCACAGCAGCCAGAUUGGGCAAACUCGCAAACUUUUGGAGACAUUGAAUACGAUUAUGGAGAUGAAGAAGUUGACCCAACAGCGCACACAAACCUUCAAGAUUACAUAGACAAUGACGAUUGGGAGGACGAAGACUCCGAAUACGAUUCGGAAGAUGAAUACAUACUUUCAGGCCUUCGUCGUCGGGAGUACGACCGGAGAAGACUCAAUCAAGAAGUCCAAUGGCACCGACAAUGCUCUCUGAUGGUUGCACCGUUUCUUCGAUGCCGUAAAAAAACUUCUGAUUGGGGUAAUUGGAUAAAUUGUCAUCAAGAUUUCAAAUCGCCCUGCUCCUGCCCAGUGAAAAGCAAACGGACUGUUUGGGUUGAUCUAGUGGAUCUCUUAAUUCGAUCUGUUAAAAGACGGUUCAAAGAAGUGGAAAAACGACUGGUUGAAGCUGAAUCAGCGUUACAUAAAAUACAGGCGCAACACCCAACUCAUACUAUAGUGUAUCUAGAGACACAGUGGAACAGACAGAGGGAAUUGCAAAGAAAAAUCAUAUCUGAGAGUGCCAAAGACAAGCGCGCACAACUUUCGGUGCUUAUCAAACUUGAAGAAGGGCUGGUUGAGGCUCGUAAUAAGCUCCAAGUCAUCGAAGCCAAAAGUCGAAUGGCACGAACGGAUGAGGAACAUAAUGCGCUCCUCAGAUUACCUCAAACACUUGUACUUUUGGAGCAGAAAGCCCUAGAUUUGGCUAACGAGCUUGGCUCAAAGCACUUCCAUCGAUCUUCAGAUGUAAGCAAAGCGGAGAUGAUUGAGCUGUUAUACUGGAACCUUGUCCAAGAGACCAGUCGCUUAUGGAUGACUUUGGAUUAUGGUCUGGAGGAUGUUAUGAACUCCACAGCACAAUACUUUGAUGGUGCACAUGUUUCAGAUCAAAUUCUCUUAAAUCAAUGGAGAUCGAUGAGGGCAAGGACUAUGGCUCACUGGGAUGAAGUUGUGGAUAUACCCGCUUUGAUUGCAAAGAAAACAAAUGAAGACUUGAUGAUAGAACACUAA